AUGUCCUUCAAAUACAAUAACUUACAACACUCUGCUGGAUUGUCUCUCCAAAAAUGGGGAAGUGGAUCUGCCUUGGACAUUCUUUACGGGAUGACAGAGAAGGACUGUAUGCCUGACCUUUUAUCUUACAACACUGUGAUAUAUGGUUUAGCUACAGAAGAUAGAGUUAAUGAAGCAUUGUGGCUCUUUCAUCAGAUGAGAAAAGUUUGCAUACCUGAUUUUGUAACUUUGUGCAGCAUCCUUCCAAGUUCAUUAAAAAUGGACAGACAAAAAUGCUUUGCAAAUCACCAAAGAAUAUAUUAUGCAGCCCGAAUGCUCAGAGAGAUAGGUUCUCCUGGGAAAGCUCUAAUGGAAGGGAUAUUAGGUGAAGCUGGAUAUGAUCAGUCAGUUAAAUUUUCUGAAUUGAUUGCUACAAGUGGUGCUUAUCAAAAUGACUACUUAUUAUGCCCUCUGAUUAAGUUUCUCUGUAAGCAUAAGAAAGCUGUUGAUGCACACAAACUAUUUGAGAAAUUCAAGAGCUAUGGAAUAUCACCAACCAUGGAAGCAUAUAAUCUCUUAUCACUGGACUCCUAG